ACAGUCUAAAAAAAGAGUACGGGUCUUGUUUGAAUUUUAGAAUAUAUUAUUUUGGUUUCACUUUCGUUUUCCUGAACGAAGAUCUAAAUGAGGAAGUUUUAUCUAUAGUUUGAAGAACAUGGUCUACUUUCCUUUUGUGGACGUUUACAUAUUUUCUGAAUGUCUGAGCGGAGUGCAGCUAUUGUAAAUAUAUAGGAAAUAUGGAAAAGAACUACAAUUUUCAGGUACAUGUCCCACUAAUGCAAAGUCGGGAAGCUCAAACAAGACUUCAAGGUGAUGUUACGAUACAUCGGACACGACCAAACCUGCUUAUGGUAGGAACUGGUGUCGCGGUAUUGAUGCUUAUAGUAGAAGUCUGGAUUACGGCAUUUACAGUACAAUCUGUCAUUGCUCUUCGGGGCAGCAAUGUCCGUAGCGACUCGGCAGAUGUCUACGGCUACAGCUCACAUCAAUCAUCUGUGACCUGGGAAGACUGUAACCAAACGUCACUAUGUCCAGUGAUAGGACGCGACUACUUUAUAACACUGCUGAAGCUGUUGUACGGUGUGAAACGGCAAUAUGACACUAGAGGAAACAACGAAAAACCACUGGAAAAUUGGACACGCGCCAUUGCUGACCAUUUCACCACUUCCGACUGUAAUGAGGUUCCAUUGAGGUGGAGACCAGAUAUCUAUAGUCGUCGAGAGCAAAGUGACGGAUCGGUCACCAUUAUGGGCAAUGGAAUGUAUGGAAUGUAUAACCUAUUUACGUUACAAAGCCCGCAUCAACGUAAUAUUGACAAGAUCGAAAUCGUACAUAGAGUCCAUCUGGAGACAUCUUCAGGAAAUCGGAACAAGGUUUUAUUUGAGCGGAAUAUCGUCGUGUCAGCUCGGAGUCAGUCGAUUUAUACCAGCUCCUUCUUUGAGUUUAUGUAUUUGAAUGAAGGAGACCGUGUUUCCCCAGCGAUAUCCAAUACGUCCUUUAUUUACGGUCUGCGAGCAGCAAACACGUGGGGAGUUUUUCAAGUCAGAUAAGGCCCCAGUUUUACAAUGAGUUUGAUCUGAUACAACAAAGCUUGAGUUAGAUAAGACUUGAUUGUAAUACUGGGGCCAUGUCGAUUUGGUCUUCACCAUGAUGUAGUUACACAAAGUGGUCGAUUUAUUGUGUUUUAACACCUUUUGUUUACAAUGUUUCUAUAAAACAAACAAAGGAUAUUCUAGUAACCGUCAUACAACGUUUGUCACAGAAUGGUAAUGCCACUAUAUGACAUUCAUAACAAUUAUGAAUUAUGAUAUAUACACUUGUUGUGACGUCAUACUUACAUAACGUCAUGAUCCCUCCUCAGAUAUAUGGGCUUAUGAAUCACAUACUUUGACUGGUUAAAAUAGUGACAAUACAAAGUUUUUAUAACCAUCAUCUUCGUAUAUGAUAACGUUAACUGCCCAGUCGUCAUAGUGUUUUUCAUUAAAGUAAUCAAAUGUACAAAUCACGUUGUAAGUCAAUCCAGUUCGGGUAAUUGUCAGAUGUAAAAUAUCCUGCAAGUAUAGUAAUGUCAAAAGUUCACAAAUGAUGUUUUGUCUUUACUUCUUACAUCAGAGUGUCGUUUUUUCUGUAUUUUAAUGAUUGAUGUAUGAAUGAUUUCGUAUCCAAUAAAAUCAUGACAUGUGUGAAA